AACUUGGAUGAAUUAAUUCAACAUCCUUCAUAUCAGUCCAUUCUAUUAGCUGCAUAGCAUUCUCCCUUGAAAUGAAGUCCACCUUUUCUAUUUCCCUAGCUCUACUGGGUCAAAGCUCAGCAUGGUCCUAUACUCCCAGCUCUGGAUACGCUGCUAACAUCAAAAUCAAUGCUCGCCAUACUUAUCAAACCAUGAUUGGCGGCGGCUGCUCUGGAGCUUUUGGAGUUGCGUGCCAGCAAUUCGGAGCUCUAGGACUGUCGCCAGAAAAUCAAGAAAGAGUGACUCAGAUUCUUUUUGAUGAAAACAUUGGCGGCCUCUCAAUCGUGCGAAACGACAUAGGUUCGUCCCCUGGAACCACCAUCCUUCCAACAUGCCCAACAACGCCGCAGGGGAAGUUCAACUACGUUUGGGAUGGAAGUGAUAACUGUCAGUUUAAUCUCACUAAAACGGCUCUCAAAUAUAAUCCUGAACUCUAUGUCUAUGCCGAUGCUUGGUCUGCCCCUGGUUGCAUGAAAACUGUGGGAACGGAGAACCUAGGCGGGCAAAUAUGUGGCGUACGAGGCACCAAUUGCGAACAUGAUUGGCGUCAAGCUUACGCAGAUUAUCUUGUCCAAUAUGUCAGGUUCUAUAAGGAAGAGGGCAUUGACAUCUCGCUUUUGGGUGCUUGGAACGAGCCUGAUUUCAACCCCUUCACUUAUGAGAGCAUGCUGUCAGAUGGAUUCCAAGCCAAAGACUUCCUAGAGGUCCUAUACCCGACACUGAAGAAAGCUUUUCCUAAAGUAGAUGUCAGCUGUUGUGAUGCUACCGGCGCACGACAAGAGAGAAACAUCCUUUAUGAGCUACAGCAAGCGGGCGGUGAAAAUUUCUUUGAUAUUGCGACGUGGCACAAUUAUCAGAGCAAUCCUGAGCGUCCAUUUAAUUCCGGCGGAAAACCGAAUAUCCAAACAGAAUGGGCCGACGGCACGGGUCCAUGGAACAGCACCUGGGAUUAUAGCGGCCAGCUUGCCGAGGGCCUUCAAUGGGCAUUAUAUAUGCAUAACGCCUUUGUUAAUAGCGAUACCUCGGGAUACACCCACUGGUGGUGUGUGCAGGAUACAACCGGCGAUAAUGCUCUCAUUCGACUUCACGGUAAUAGCUACGAAGUAUCAUCUCGACUCUGGGCUUUUGCUCAAUACUUUCGAUUUGCCAGACCAGGUUCUGUUCGCGUUGAUGCCACAAGUGACGUAGAAAAUGUCUACGUGACGGCAUACGUGAACAAAAAUGGUACAGUAGCUAUACCUGUUAUUAAUGCCGCUCACUUCCCAUACGAUUUGACUAUCAAUUUGGAGGGGAUUAAAAAGAGAAAGCUCAGUGAGUAUCUAACCGAUAAUAACCAUAAUGUUACCUUGCAGAGCCGGUACAAAAUCAGCGGCAGCAGUCUUAAGGUGACAGUUGAGCCUAGAGCAAUGAAGACAUUCUGGCUCGAGUAGAUAGUGGCAAGAGAAGGUAACAGGUGUAAAGAUAGAAUUAUAGAGAAGUUAAGAUUUAUUUUCAGAGCAACAGAUCAUGACCGAGUUUGCAUAUCCAAAG